AUGGGGCCCGCCGGGCCCAGAUCUGGGCCGGGGUCGCGAGACGACGGCCACCCAGCACCACCACGCCGCCCCGCCGCCAAGGAGCGGCGCCGACACCACGCCUGCCGCCGGCCGCCGCCGCAGGGCAGCCGGACCGUAGCCACGCCGAGCUGCACCGCCGCCGCCUCCCUGCCCCGGGAAGGGAGCGCGCGCGGGGGAAAGGGAAGGCCCGCCGCCGCCGGAACCACGCAGGCCAGCGCAGGGGGCGACCGCCGGCGGCGGCGAGAGGAAAAGGGGGAGGAGGGGGCCGCGAAAGAGGGGCACGAGCUCCGCCCCGGCCACCUCCCGGGGAGGCGGCGCGAGGCGGGUCUGGACGGGGAAGAGGGGAGGGAGGAAGGGGGCGGAGGUGGGGCGCGGGGCCGGCGGCCGGCGGCGGCGGGAGGAGGGGAGGGGGACCCUAGUCGCCUAGUCGCGGGAGCGCCCGAGGGAGCGUCAGGCACGUGA